GCGGGAGGGUCCCCGUGGGCGCCCGGAGGCGCAGGCGGGGCGGGGAGAGCGGGCCGGGCGGAGCAGGCGAGGGGCGGGCGCGCGGGUCCCGGGGAUCGCCGAGCGGGCUUGGGGAGGCCGGGAGAGCCAGCGGCGGGGGCGGGAGCCCGGCGGGCUCAGCGCUGAGUGGAGAGAGAAAGAGAGAGAGAGCGCUGGGCCAAGCCGCCGCUCGGCGCGUUCUCGGAGCCGCCAGUCCGCGCGUCCCCGCAGCCUUCCGGGAGGAAGCGGCGCCGCGGCCGGGUGCAGCCUCACCUGCCGGCCCUUCCCCGCCGGGCGGCGCAGAAGGACAGAGGGUCGCGGCCCCGCGACGUACUUCAGCCGGUCGCAGCGUCUAGGACCCCGCGCGGGGUGCCGGCUCCAUGGCGACCGGGCUCGGGGAACCCGUCUACGGACUUUCGGAAGAGGAGGGGGAAUCCCGUAUUCUCAGAGUAAAAGUUGUUUCUGGAAUUGACCUCGCCAAAAAGGACAUAUUUGGAGCCAGUGACCCAUAUGUGAAGCUGUCAUUGUAUGUAGCGGAUGAGAAUAGAGAACUUGCUUUGGUUCAAACAAAGACAAUUAAAAAGACGCUGAACCCGAAGUGGAACGAAGAGUUUUAUUUUAGAGUAAAUCCAUCUAAUCAUAGGCUCCUGUUUGAAGUAUUUGAUGAGAACAGAUUGACACGAGACGACUUCCUGGGUCAAGUGGACGUGCCUCUUAGUCACCUUCCGACAGAAGAUCCAACCAUGGAGAGACCCUAUACAUUUAAGGACUUUCUCCUGCGACCAAGAAGCCAUAAAUCGCGAGUCAAGGGUUUUUUGCGGUUGAAAAUGGCGUACAUGCCGAAAAACGGAGGUCAGGAUGAAGAAAACAGCGAGCAGAGGGACGACAUGGAGCACGGAUGGGAGGUUGUUGACUCCAACGACUCAGCUUCCCAGCACCAGGAGGAGCUCCCUCCUCCUCCCCUGCCACCAGGAUGGGAAGAGAAAGUGGACAAUUUAGGCCGUACUUACUAUGUCAACCACAACAAUAGGAGUACCCAGUGGCACCGGCCCAGCUUGAUGGAUGUGUCCUCCGAGUCAGACAAUAACAUCAGGCAGAUCAACCAGGAGGCCGCACACCGGCGUUUCCGCUCGCGGAGGCACAUCAGUGAAGACUUGGAGCCUGAGGCCUCGGAAGGCGGUGGAGAGGGCCCUGAGCCUUGGGAGACCAUUUCAGAGGAAGUGAACAUGGCGGGAGACUCUCUUAGCCUGGCUCUGCCCCCACCUCCUGCCUCCCCAGUGUCUCGGACCAGCCCCCAAGAGCUGUCGGAGGAACUGAGCAGAAGGUUACAGAUCGCUCCAGACACCAAUGGGGAACAGUUCAGUUCUCUGAUCCAGAGAGAGCCCUCGUCGAGGCUUCGGUCCUGCAGUGUUACCGACACGGUUGCUGAGCAGGCUCACCUACCACCGCCCAGCACCCCAACUAGGCGAGCGCGUUCAUCAACUGUCACGGGUGGUGAGGAACCAACGCCAUCAGUGGCCUAUGUACAUACCACGCCGGGCCUCCCUUCAGGCUGGGAAGAAAGAAAAGAUGCUAAGGGACGUACAUACUAUGUCAAUCAUAACAAUCGAACCACAACUUGGACUCGACCAAUAAUGCAGCUUGCAGAAGAUGGUGCCUCCGGAUCAGCCACAAACAGUAACAACCACCUAGUCGAGCCUCAGAUCCGCCGGCCCCGUAGCCUCAGCUCGCCAACAGUAACUUUAUCUGCCCCACUGGAGGGUGCCAAGGACUCACCCAUACGCCGCGCUGUGAAAGAUACCCUUUCCAAUCCACAGUCCCCUCAGCCAUCACCUUACAACUCCCCCAAACCACAACACAAAGUCACACAGAGCUUCCUGCCACCAGGCUGGGAGAUGAGGAUAGCUCCAAACGGCCGACCCUUCUUCAUUGACCAUAACACAAAGACUACAACUUGGGAAGAUCCACGCCUGAAAUUUCCAGUACACAUGCGCUCAAAAGCAUCUUUAAACCCCAAUGACCUGGGCCCUCUUCCUCCCGGUUGGGAAGAAAGGAUCCACUUGGACGGCCGGACGUUUUACAUUGACCAUAACAGCAAAAUCACUCAGUGGGAAGAUCCGAGACUACAGAACCCAGCCAUCACGGGUCCGGCUGUUCCUUACUCCAGAGAAUUUAAGCAGAAGUAUGACUACUUUAGGAAGAAAUUAAAGAAACCUGCUGAUAUUCCAAACAGGUUUGAAAUGAAGCUCCACAGAAACAACAUAUUUGAAGAGUCCUAUCGGAGGAUCAUGUCUGUGAAAAGGCCCGAUGUCCUAAAGGCUAGACUGUGGAUUGAAUUCGAAUCAGAGAAAGGACUGGACUAUGGGGGUGUCGCCAGGGAAUGGUUCUUCUUGCUGUCCAAAGAGAUGUUCAACCCCUACUAUGGUCUCUUUGAGUACUCUGCCACGGACAACUACACACUUCAGAUCAAUCCCAACUCAGGCCUCUGUAAUGAAGAUCAUCUGUCCUAUUUCACUUUCAUUGGAAGAGUUGCUGGCUUGGCAGUGUUUCAUGGAAAACUCUUAGACGGGUUCUUCAUUCGACCAUUCUACAAGAUGAUGUUGGGGAAACAGAUAACUCUGAACGACAUGGAGUCUGUGGACAGCGAGUAUUACAACUCCCUGAAAUGGAUCUUAGAAAAUGACCCCACGGAACUUGACCUCAUGUUCUGCAUAGAUGAAGAGAAUUUCGGACAGACCUAUCAAGUGGAUCUGAAGCCCAAUGGGUCAGAAAUAAUGGUGACGAAUGAAAACAAAAGAGAAUAUAUUGACUUAGUCAUCCAGUGGAGAUUCGUGAACAGGGUCCAGAAGCAAAUGAAUGCCUUCUUGGAGGGAUUUACAGAACUUCUUCCAAUCGAUUUGAUUAAAAUUUUUGAUGAAAAUGAGCUGGAGUUGCUGAUGUGCGGCCUGGGUGACGUUGACGUGAAUGACUGGAGACAGCAUUCUAUUUACAAGAAUGGCUACUGCCCCAAUCAUCCUGUCAUCCAGUGGUUCUGGAAGGCUGUGCUCCUGAUGGAUGCUGAGAAGCGGAUCCGGCUACUACAGUUUGUCACAGGCACCUCCCGAGUACCCAUGAAUGGAUUUGCCGAACUUUAUGGUUCCAAUGGUCCUCAGCUGUUUACAAUAGAGCAAUGGGGCAGUCCUGAAAAACUACCCAGAGCUCACACAUGCUUUAAUCGCCUUGAUUUACCUCCAUACGAAACCUUUGAAGAUUUGCGGGAGAAACUUCUCAUGGCCGUGGAGAACGCCCAAGGCUUUGAAGGGGUGGAUUAAGGCCUCCUGCGUCGGGGGCACUGCCCUUCCAGCAAGUUCUGCGUGCACUUUUGCAUUUGCCUAGCAGACUUUUGCAGAGCCGGUGGCAGAAGCAGUUGCCUGACCUGGCUCUGGAGCCCAGCUUGUCCGGGCCACGCCCACGUUCCGCCAGGGAACCCAGUCCCGGCUCGAGUGCCGCCCCUUCACCACCAAUUCUCAACUGGUUAGCGUGUACUCUGAUUACAUUUCAGGAGGACUUGUUCUAUUUAUGUUGUGCCUCUGCAGGCAAAGCCCUUAAUAAAUAUUUUGCAUACUUUCUAAUGACAAUGAAUGGAAUUAAUCACACUACAGGUAUAGUAUUACAACUCAUGUUUACUUUUUAAAAAUGAUUUAGACUGAUUUUCAGAUUUUAUUUCAUUACAAUUAAAGAUGUCUCAUGUACUUGGAAAAGUGAGCAUAUUUUUUUGUAUUUGAAUUUCAUAUCAAGCUUAAUGUCAGUGACAUUUUUAUUUUUGAAGAACUUUGACACUCCCACCCUCUACUUUAUUAGAAUUGGAAGACUAAUUUUUCUCCAAAAGCAUUCUACAGACCAACACGUGGAAAGAAUUUCAAAUAGAGCAUUAAGAAUAACAAUUUUUUUCCAUGCUUAGAAUGAAAAUAGACUGGAUAUUACCCUCUCUUUUGUACAAACUUAAAUACUAGGUACAGGCUGGAAGGACUGUAACAUAGCAUGAUAUCUUUGUGUUAACUUGAAAGGAAUGACACCAUUGUUCCUUAGAAGUAUUGACAUGUGCCAUCUCACACUCAAGACAGGGUUGGACUGUCAUUUUGCAUCAGAAACCCUUAACCUCUCCUGUUGCCGAACAGCCUCUUCUUAACGCUAUUUUCUUCUUGGUGUUUGGAAAGACAUUUCCAAUGGCAUUGCUCGAUUCAAAACUGAGGAAGCCAGAGUCAGUGGUCUUCUGUCUCCGUUGGCUAAAACAGUAGCUAAUAACCCAUUCUUGCUGUAACUGCGGCAAUUCCAAAGGCACUUUAUGCGGGUCAUAUCUGUUUGCUCUUUUUUUUUUUCAUUUUUUUCCUCAUAAUCAUUACAUGUGAUUGUUCUUCCUCCCUGCACACAUCUGACUGGUGCAGUAUCUAUCAAUUGUGAAUUAACUGCUCGUGAACCCAGAUACAGUGCUGAGCCUCUCGACACCCGUCUUCUCCGACUGCUUUGUACUUUCUACUCAACAGCAAGGAUUUUGCCUACUCUACCCUUAGCAAGUUGUGUGACAUAAUGACCUAUUUUGCAUGCUGCGAUACUGCGUACUGCCCCCCUCCCCACCCGGGUCACGUGUAUUGUGUGCUAGUUUAAACGUGAGCUACAAGACCCAGUGGGGUCUACUGAGCUCGAGCGGCCUGGUUGGCAAUGGUGGAGAAACGUGGGUGUCUGCAGUGUGUAAGUCUCUGUUGCAGAAUUCUGUUGCAUUCUGAGAAGAUGCCUGAGGUAGCAUGGGAGUUCAGCACCUCUGCUGUCCCUUGAACUUGUGUUGUCCUAGACCCUGUCCCGGAAGCGAAGGAAUACGGGGUAUUUUGAUCUCUUGCCACUUGUGAAUAUUGACAAAAAGACUGCGGUCUCUGCUAUGUAAGAAGAACCUUCGGUAUAAGAAACUGCUCGUGUUUACACAGCCCUGGGUGCCAUGAAGAAGCCACGGACAUUCUUGGUGGGUGAAACCCCGGAGCGGAGCGUCCUGCCAAACAGCUUCGGCUUCUUCCCACGUGCUAUGGAGUAAUUACAAAACAAUUAACACUCUAUUCUUGGUUUUUGGUGAGAUAUCUCCUGUAGUUACCAGAUAUUGGGGGUGGGGUCUGUUGUUGUUGUUAUUGUUGUUGUUGUUGUUAUACAACCUUCCACGUCCAGAACUGUCUCUCUGUUACAAAGAGUGCCAAAGCCCGAGCUGAGCAGUGUAUUUUGAUUGAAGAAGAAACCAAAAUCUGCUCUAAGAACUGGGGUUCUAGAAUUCUGUAGGCUCUAGAUCAAGCCACGUCAUUCACCAGAUACAACAUAGUCAUUCUGCAUUUUAAAUAAACGCCAAAAGGGCUGUCGAGAUGGCUCAGUGCAUCGGGGUGUUUGUCACCAAGGCUGACAGCUAGAGUUCAGUCCCUGAGCCCCACCUGAUGGGAGGAGAGAAGUGACUCCUGCAAGCUGUCCUUUGAUCUAUUCCAUAUGUGAUUUCUUUUUUAAUUAAAAGUAUAGGGAGGGGAGGGUCAUUACUAAGCCAAGAGCGGGAAAGACCUAUCGAAAUACACUCCUGAGAGUACUUGAAAGGCGGGCCAUCGUGAAUAAUGCCUCAGUUCAUUGGUCCAGGCUUCAGGUUUUAGCAGCUGUUACUGGGUAGUUAGAAAGUAAAAUUACCGUUCACUGUAAUACGGUUUGUGAGGUUUCACUUGUUGCCUGCAGCUCCCGAUGUCUCCAGAUGGUGAUGCCCGUGCCAGGCCAUCUUUGUACGAUAGUUGUAAAUGGCCGUGGAGAGCAUGCUGUCCUGAGGGCCAGGAGGCAGCUCAUUCUCCGGGCCUGACCUCUGCAGCCAGCUACAACAAACAGUAGUUGUGAUCACUUAUCUUGAGGCUGCAGAGUGGGUUUGGACUCUUCCCUGUGGAAUGACUUUGAGCAUCCUGCGGCUGUCUUGUGUUUCCCUCCCUGCCCCUUUUAGUCCACGGUAAGCCUGGAUCAGCCUACUGACUCCAGAGCCGGUGGCCGUAGGUAUUGGUCUAUUCUAGGUGUUCUUUCUUGUCUCUCUAAAACACUGAUCUCUACCUUCUAUGACCAGUCCUCUAGCGGGUCACAAGAACCAGAGAUCUGUAUUUGUUUUUGUUUCCAGGGCUGAUGUAGCUUAGUAGCAGAGUGUUUGCCUAGCGUGUACCUAGCCGUAGAUUUGAUUGCCAUUGCUGGGGGCAGGAAGGGGGUGGAUAAGAUAAAGAAUUCUGUUUCCAAGGACCUGAAGCAGGAGACAGCAGAGAAUCCUGAUGUUCAGAUUAAAAAUGUUAUCAAGUGACUUGAUACGCAUCUUUUUUCCCCAUAAGGCUCAGCGGCAGACUUGUGGAAGUGGACCGCAAAAUAAUUUAACGCUUCUGCAUCUCGCAUGACCUGUGGCUCUAGGUCUUGCCAGAUUCCAGUCUGUUCUGAGAGUCAGGCUCAUGUGCAGUAGCCUCUAAUGUGUUCUCUAUUUUCCUGAUAGUCUCUCAUCUCACCUCUGAAAUAUGAAAGUCUACAAAGAAAGUCUGGUCUCAACAGCUGCCCAGCCCAUCCCUGCUAAACUUGCUCUUGUCUGUGGCUCUCAACUAUCUCAGUAAUGGAAGGGGGGAUGCUAACCGUUGUCAUUCGCUUCCUGGCCAGUAGGGGUCUUGCCGUGCAGGGUCACUGCCUGCCCUGCUUCCCUGUCUGGCUCCCAGAAGACCACAUGCUACCUCUGUCUCAUUCAUGUAUUGGGGUAUAUCCUAAGUCUCAUGUCAAAACUGCCAAUUUCAGGACUAGGAUACGUUAAAAAAAAACAAACAAACAAACUUAUAAAUUCCACUUUGUAUCUUAGAUUUUAAAACCGGGUAGAAAUGUGAUAUACAUUGAACCACUUUUUUAAUUUCUAUAAGCCUUAAUGAACAGUGUAUAUGCGUCUGUGUAUGCACUCCAUCCCAGAGUUUGUCAGAGAAAAAGCUGUCGCGUUAGGACGUGAGCCUGCCUAGGGUUCUCUAGGAAAGGGGUAGCUUUCCGUUUGGUAUGAAAUCUUCCAAGAAAACUUCUCUCUCCACAUCUCUCUUUUAUUUGGAAGGUUAACGCGCCAAGCGCGUGUCUGAAGCAGCCUGUCUCUUUCCUGGUUUCGUAUUUGUAAGGCGCAGCGGUGGAACUCUAAGGGCAUCUGCUGGUGUGUGACCUCUCAUGUCCUGCCGUCCCUCCGCUGGGUCUCGGUGUAUUGAAAGCCUUUCCUGUGACCAUAGCCUGUGCUGACAAAUGUCUGUUCUUGUGUAAGCCCGUCUGCACCUCGUACUCAGACUGGUUUUUACCUACGUUAUCGCGGUUUUUUUCAUGUCGAAUCUUGCGACUCUGUUCUUCCUUCUGCUACCCCAGAUGUAACAUGCAUACCUACAUGUGUAUGUUUGCUGUCCAGAUAUAUUUGUAUAUAUUUGUAUAGCAUUUUUACACCUUAGGAGCAAUCUGGAUUCAAAGGGGGAAUGAAUGAGAGCUUAGUCCCGUCUACAGUUUUCUCCAUGUCCUGAGAAUUCUGACCCUCGGCGUCCCAGAGAACCCUAGGAAAGUAUUAGCUUGCUGUCAUUUCUAAAUUCGGGAUCUGUUACCAAAUGAAACAUUUUUUUAAGUGACUUUGAAGGUGAAAAGAGUUUCAAGCAUUCCAAAUGAAUUCUCAAUGUUUCUUAACUUUUUAUUCUAACCCCACCCCCUAACAAAGCCGAGUGCUAUUUGAUACAAUGGUCAAACCCAAACUACCUUGAUCUUUUUUCUAAGACAGCCUAGUGACUGAUGCUCGCUUUCCCAGUCCGGAAGAACUUUAACCUAGCUUGAAUCUGGUACACACGCAAAGUUUCACGGUCAAGUCCUUCUUUUUCUUCUCGAGAGAGCUAAAGAGAUACUGUAGCUUGUUUUCCUGACAGCAAAUGAAAAACUGUGACAAAGUGAAGAAAGAUGUUGUAAAGCGGUGACGCCACUUGUCAAAUAUUUAAUAAAGAAUUAUGAAAGCUGGAACAUUUUCU